AUGGAGGUCAUGGCAGCAGAAAUGGAAGCAGCAGUGGAGCGCUGUCUCGCCUUCACAGGGGGCUCAGAGGCAGCAGCGCUCCUCACCGCUCUCGACCACUCCAUCCUCCUCUUCCUCUCCCGCCUCUCCUCCUGCCUCCAGUCCCUCCCCCCCAUCUGCGGCCUCUCCCCUCCUCCUCCUCCCACCCCUGCCUCCUCCACCACUCCUUCCGCUCCAACCCGAGCCUCCGGCCCAGGCUCGGACCGAACCACCAACCCAGUGUCAGACGAUCCAUUAGCCAGUCUCCCAGAGCCGGCGGGGUACGGUGGAUCGGGAGCGGGCGGGGUGGAGGAGGAGGAGGAGUGGGCGGUGGUGCAGGGAGCGGUGCAGCUGCUGAUGGUAGCUGAGAGUGUAGCAGUGCGCGUGGCAGUCUUUGAAGCCUCCCUCCGCACUGCCCUCACCCAGCUCUCCCCCCGCCUGGGGCUGAAUGCUGGGGGGGAUGGCGCGGGGGAAGGGGGCGGGGAGGGUGCGGGCGGGGAGGUGAAGCGGGUGGGGUCGGUGGGUGGCGCAGGGGGAGGGGGAGGCGGAGCGGGAGGGGGAGGGUUAGUGGAGGGGAGUGAGGUGGAUGUGGCAGUGCUGAGACUGGCAGAGUAUCCCGACAAGGCACAGCGUCUGGCCAGGCUGCUGGACGAGUUGAGGGACCCGCGCAUCCAUGCGCUCCCCCGCACGGCGCAGCGCGUGAGAAGCUUCCAGGAAGCGGUGUCGUCGCUGGUGUAUGACGUGCUCAUCGCCAAGGUGCGGCGGCAGCUGGCGGGGGUUUCCACAAUGCCGGACUGGGCAUUGGGCGAGGAGGAGAACGUGUUUGACCUGCCCUCUUUCAACGCAUACGCACUACCAUACAUCACGGCCGUGGGAGAAUACCUCCUCACUCUCCCCCAGCAACUCGAGCCUCUCGCCGUCGCCGCCUCCGAAGCUGCCCCGAGCCUGCUCCUGCAAGCCUCGGCAAGCGGUGCUUCGGCAGGCGGGGAAUCCGCAACACCAACCGCAGCAGGGGAGGAGGAUGCGGGGGCGUAUUUCGUCCGGGAGUGGAUGACAAAGGUUGCUGACGGCGCGACGUCGCUAUUCGUCGAGCAGAUCCGAGCAAUUCCCGAGGUGUCGGAUCGGGGGGCACAGCAGCUUGCAGCAGACAUUGAGUAUCUCUACAGUGUACUGUCGGUGCUGUAUGUGGCUGCAUCGCCUGCUAUUGCGACCUUCCAAGCGUGCUUUGCCACGCCCAAGGCGAGUCUAGCGGAGUUUAUUGCUCAGGAGAGCGGCGUUGGGGUACCAUCCUUCUCGCUGCACCGCUUGCUUCCUUUACCGCUCCUUGCAUCGCGUGUUAUCUCGUGCCAUCCCUCCGUCAUGGCGGCCACAGCAUCGCGGGGCUCGUCCCCUUUCUCCCGCUUCGGCGACUCGCAGUCCUUCAACGUCGACGCGCUGAAAAACUUCUCCGCGCUCACCCCCUCGAUACAGUCACAUCUACAGAAGGUCUACCUCACGCUCUCGCUGACGCUGGUCGUCGCGUCGCUAGGCGCGUACGCGCACGUGCUGUGGGGGCUCGGCGGCGCGCUCUCGUCCAUAGCGUCCAUCGCGGGGUUCUUUGGCUCAACGCCACGCCCGCCGUUCCCGCUAACGAGGUGCGCGUUACUCAUCUAUUCUCCUUCCCAGCGCGUUUCCAUAACACCUGAGCUCCACAUCAACCCCGGGCUGCUAGUCACAGCGUUCGUCGCAACAGCAGCCAUCUUCCUGUGCUUCUCAGGGGCAGCGCUGCUGGCAAGGCGUCGCGAGUACCUGUACCUGGGGGGCUUCCUCGCCUCUGCCGUCUCCACCAUGCUCGCCCUCCGCCUCGCUUCCAUCUUCUUCGGCGGCUCUAAUGCUGUUUUCCAGAUCGAGCUGUAUGGAGGCCUGCUGGUAUUCGCGGGCUACAUCAUUUACGACACCCAGGUGCUGCUGGAGAGGGCGAGGCAGGGCCACUGCGACCACGUGGUGGAUGCUCUCGAGCUGCUGCUGGACUUUGUCGCCGUCUUCGUGCGCAUCCUCUUCAUCCUG